AUGCAUGAAAUCAAGCAGAGAUUGGCCGUAACAAAGACGGAGUUACCUCCGUGCUGUUUGCGGAUCCAUCCUGCUGACAAUUCAGUGGUUAUCCUCGGAACUUACAAGCUUGAGGAUGGAGGAACCAGAAAUGGUUCUUUGGAUAUUUACAAUGAAAAGUUGAGGUUAUUGAAAAGGUAUGCUACCGGGAGUGCUAUUCUAGACUUGAAGUUCAGUCCUUUUGACGACACCAUACUUGUUUCAGCACAUUCUACUGGGAACAUCCAAAUCUGGAAAUUUUCAGCUGAAGACACCAGUCUUAGAAUGGAGAAGAGUUUCCAAGUUCUGGAAGAUUCGGAGGUGCUUAUCACGUCUGUUUUCUUCUCCCCUAUCGAGAGGCAUAGAAUUCUAGCUACUACUACAUCAGGGGAUCUGGCUAUUGUGAAUUUACAAGAUUUUUCAAUACAAUGGCUAGACACGGCUCAUGACUUGGAGUGCUGGACUGGCUCCUUUGGAGAGCUUGGAGAGCUUCAGAAUGUAGUUUUCACAGGAGGAGAUGACUCAAAGCUUAUUGCACACGACUUAAGAACACAAGAAGCUAUCUGGCAAACAGGACACCGUCAUCACGAAGCUGGAGUCGUUUCCAUUUUGUCGCCUGGUCAAAACUGGAACAUGGACAAUUCUCACCAGCUAUGGACCGGAUCCUAUGAUGACCAUUUGAGGAUUCUAGAUCUUCGAGUCAUGGACAGGGCCAAUCCCUCAUUGAUUCCAGGGUACAUACCGAAGGUCCUCCAGCUGGAAAACUUGGGUGGAGGAGUAUGGAGACUCAUUCCCAGUCCGUUGAGUGAUGACAAUAGACUUCUUACCUGUUGUAUGUACGAUGGAGCCAGAAUUGUAUCAACUGAAGAAAUGAACUCGGGAGAAUUUGUUGUUAGAAAGUAUUUCAAAAGGGAUCAUGAGAGUAUGUGCUACGGUGGAGACUGGGCUUCUUCUGGCGAGUUUGUGGUGACUUGUUCGUUUUAUGACAACGUCGUUCAGGUAUGGUCACCAGAUUCUGUUGAUGGGUAG